UUCUUCAUCGAUUCAUCCACCACCACCUCCGUUCCAUCUCUUAUCCCAACUCUCCUCUCGAUCAUUCUUGGCGUCAGCCUUUCCUGUCCCGUCGGAUCCUCCUCAAUUAUUUAUCAGCAUUUAUCAGCAAUCACAAGAAUCCCGACGGAUUCAACUGUAGGAGAGAUGGAUUACUCCUUCUACUCUACUCCCAACUCGCAGCAGCAGCCUUAUCCACUAUACAACCUACACGGGCUGCCCACUCCGGACCAAGUGCCUCGUGCCGAAGAUGCCCAGGGCACUUUUCCUCAUCUUGGAUCACAUAAUUACCAGCCCUUCGAUCCGAGUUUACGCUUUACGGAUGCUCAUGGCAUUCGUUCUUUUGUCCCUCCCCCGCAUUCGCCGCCCGAAUCUCUGACCAAGCAAUCGGUGUCCAGCAACGAUAUCGCCAACCCCAACUUUGACCGGGCUUCCCUUGAGGCUGAUGACUUCCCUGUCGACUUCAACCCGGGCCGAAGUAGCAGCGAGGAGAAGGAUAGCGUGACACCAGCACAAUCUAAGCGGAAGGCACAGAAUAGAGCUGCUCAGCGCGCAUUUCGCGAACGCAAGGAGCGGCAUGUGCGCGAGCUUGAGGAGAAAGUCAACAAUCUAGAGCAGGAAUCCAACACCUUGAUGGCGGACAACGAGCGACUCAAGCGCGAGCUGGCUAGAUUUACCACGGAAAAUGAGAUUCUCAAGGCGACGUCCGGCUCGUUCCGGCCUCCUAAUCAGCAAUCUAUGGGUUCGGAACCGACGACGACUGGACCGCUGCAAUAUUCACCGACCGAUUUCAACCCGGGCUCCGACUCCACUGGCGAGCUUCCACCGCGCCACAGAGUGACCACCUGUCAGGUCACCGGCGAGCGGCUUCUGGACGCGGGAGCCACUUGGGAAUAUAUCCAAGAACAUGAGCUUUUCAAGCGAGGGUCGCUGAACAUGGCCGACGUGUACCAACGGCUCAAGGGCGCAGCUCAGUGUGAUGGGACCGGCCCGGCCUUCCGAGAGAGCGAGGUGCGCAAGGCCAUCGAGGAGAGCUCUGCCGCGUGCAGUGACGAGUUGAUAUGAUAUCCCUGUUUUCUAGCGUAGACAUUCUUUUUCUCUCUCGUUCAUUUACUUUAUACACCCAUCUACUUGCGAGUUUGAUUUCUGGAUGGUACUGAUAAAUGUGGCGUUCUGCUUGGGAUAUGAUGGGACGUCCGAUUGGACGCAUCACUAAUACACUUAUACGAGCACUGGUCGGCAGCGUUCGUGCUCUCAAAAGACGUGGGCGACCUCAUCUGUUCGACCUUCUUUGGCGUUGAACAGGGGAUUAUAGGAGUACCACAACGACGCCGUGGUCAUUUGAUUCGCAAAGUAUAUAUACUUGUUAUCUAGGCCAUUUUUACGACUCCUGGGAAUAUAGGCCUUCAUACUGUUCACCCACCAUGAGCUGUCUCAGCCUGCAAUGUUGCUUAUAAAUCAUGGUCGGCGACCACAUUUGAAGGUUCUAUUUUAAGUAACUUUCUU